CUGAAAAUGAUUUGAUCUGCCGAAGCACACACGAAGAUCAGACUAAACCUACCUUUCCGAUAUUUCUACAGCAAUUAAAAACAACUCUCCAAAUGAAGUGUGAAAAUUGCACAAAGAAGGAAUGUAUUAAAAAAACAAAAAUUGAUGACCAACAAAGUAUAUCAGUUGAUACUCCCAACUUUUAUAGUGAACAUGAAGAGAAAAGUGAAUUCCAUAAAUUGGCUGAUGCUAAAAUAUUUCUCAGUGAUUGCCUGGCAUCAGACACUUGUGUUACAGCUGAGGAAGGAAUAAGAGUUUUCCAGCAGAAUCAGAAGGAAUUUUUUCGAAUACUAAACCUUAAUAAGAAAUGUGAUACUUCACACCACAAAGUGUUGGCAGUGUCUAUAUGCCCUCAGUCUUUGCCUUAUUUUGCUGCUAAAUUCAAUCUUAGUGUAACUGAUGCAUCAAAAAGACUCUGUGGUUUCCUAAAAAAUCUUGGUGUUCAUUAUGUAUUUGAUUCAACAAUAGCCGCUGAUUUCAGUAUCCUGGAAAGCCAGAAAGAAUUUGUAUAUCGAUAUCGCCAGCAGAACCAAAAGGAACAUUCUUUACCCAUGUUUGCCUCUGCCUGCCCAGGUUGGAUCCGGUAUGCAGAAAGAGUGCUGGGUAACCCAAUUACACCACAUAUAUGUACUGCAAAAUCCCCCCAACAGAUCAUGGGAUCACUGGUGAAGGACUACUUUGCCAGACAGCAGAAUUUGUCUCCAGCUAAAAUUUUCCACAUCAUUGUGGCCCCUUGUUAUGACAAGAAGCUAGAAGCACUUAGAGAAGAUUUUUACACUGCUUCAUAUAAUUCUCAUGAUGUUGAUUGUGUGUUAACAUCAGGUGAAAUUAUCCAGAUUAUGGAACAAAAAAAAGAAUUGAUGAAAGAAGCUACAGUAGACACUCUGUUUGGUGAGAUAAAGGAGGGAGACAUAGUGCAAGAUGGUGGGACCAGGUCAGAUGGUUAUUUGGAGCACAUCUUUAAAUAUGCAGCCAAAGAACUAUUUGAUAUGGACAUCAAGGAAAUCACUUACAAAGCACUGAAAAACAAGGACUUCCAGGAGAUCACUCUGGAAAAAAAUGGGGAAAUAGUGCUACGAUUUGCUGCUGCUUAUGGCUUUCGAAAUAUCCAGAACAUGGUCCUGAAACUUAAAAAAGGGAAGUUCCCCUAUCAUUUUGUAGAAGUCCUGGCCUGUCCUGGAGGAUGCUUAAAUGGCAAAGGUCAAACUCAAACUGAAGAUGGAAAACCAGACAAGGCACUGCUGAGACGAAUGGAAGAAGUGUAUGCUGAGAUCCCUGUGCAGCUUCCAGAAACUAACACACACGUGCAGAGGCUAUAUCAAGAAUGGCUUGAUGGUACAGACUCCCCAAAGGUCCUGGAAGCCUUACACACCACUUACAGUGCUGCUGAACCCCCCACAGACAACAUGGAUAUCAAGUGGUGACAGCAAAAUUGGUAAAAGAACUUACUUAGUAGGACUUG